AUGCAGUUCAAAAGCCUCGUUCUCUCCGUUUUCGUCGCUACCGCGUCUGCCGGCUAUGUCCAAUUGUGCGGCCCCCAGGGAACAUGCACCGACACUGGCGAUGCCAACGACAACUCGUGUAUCGGCCCAGUCAACGGCAAUGGAAAGUUCACCUUCCAGGCUCACGACACUGGUUCUAAGAUGAUGUCCAUCUUCAAGGACAAGGGAUGCUGGGACAACAAUGUUGCUACUUGUGAUGAUUGCAAGAGUGUUACCUACAAUGGACAGGGUCCCGUCUGGGCUAUUUUCCACUAA